AUGGGGAGAAAGCUGGACGCAAUUCUGGGCCGGAACAACUUCAAGUCCUACAAGUUCAAAGCACUCGCCAACCUCGCCGUCUCCCGCCUCGCCAUCUUCAAGAACCAGCGCCAGGUCAAGCUCAACCACGCCCGCUCCGACGUCGUCGACCUCCUCCGCCUCGGCCACCACGACCGCGCCCUCCUCCGCGUCGAGCACGUCGUCAGGGAGCAGGGCAUGCUCGAGGUCUACGCCACGAUGGAGGAUUACUGCAACCUCCUCGUCGAGCGGCUUCAUCUCAUCGAACAAGAAAGCGUGUGUCCCGAUGAACUGAAGGAGGCGAUAUCGAGCUUGCUCUUUGCAUCCUCCAGGUGCGGCGAUUUCCCCGAGCUCCAAGAGAUUCGCCUUCUGUUGACAUCUCGGUACGGGAAGGAAUUCGCUGCUGGCGCUGUUGAACUGCGCAACAACUGUGGUGUCAGCCAUAGGAUGAUACAGAAGAUGUCUACUAGGCAGCCGGACAGGGAGACCAGAAUCAAGCUGCUGAGAGAGAUUGCGGCAGAGAACAACAUCGCCUUGGAAGAGCUAGAUCAACCACAUCAGGCGAAACCCAAUGCCGUGAGCAGUAAGCAAGACGAGGAGGGAGAGACAUCAGCAGCAGCAGCUGGAGCACGUAAGGCGAGCAGCAGAGCGGGAGAAGACGUUGAGAGAGAUGGUGGUCUCACUGAUUCAGUUAGAAUGAAGAGGAAGUACAAAGAUGUGGCUGACGCAGCACAGGCAGCGUUUGAGUCAGCUGCCCAUGCUGCUGAUGCAGCAAGAGCUGCUGUUGAGCUCUCUCGCUCCGAUGAUCCACGCCGCCCUGACAACCAUGGUAAUGGGGAAGUGAUGGUGAGCCAAGAUGAGGAGAUGGAAGAGUCUGAAUCCGAACCUGAAGAUGAAGAAAUCGUCGUCGAAAGCAAAGCUGCUGCUUCGGAAUCAAAGUCGUCUUCUUCGAGUCUGGAUCCUGAGAGUCUAGCAAGAAAGUUGGACAAGGAAAUUCAAUUCGAUGAUGAAAGUGAUGAUGAGGAGGAGGAGAAUGAUGACCGGAUCAUGAACGCCGACGAUUCUGACAAUAUCGGGGGUCAUGAGGCAGCAGCAGCAAGUGCCGAGUCCAGUGAGAAUAUUAUCCCUGCGGUUAUUCAAGCUGGGUUGAAGGUGGAACCAGUUGAUGUAUACCCUGAUGCACAACAACCAGCUUCAAGGGAAUCAAGAACUACAAGGACCUUGAACAUACUCAAGGCGCCUUUCUCCGUGAGGACCAGGCACGUCCGUGGAUACUGAGAAGAACCUUACUCGUCGGAAGUACAUAAAUUUUGCAGGUUGCUCCUAAUAAUUGUAGUGUUGAUUGGUACACACUUCACUGGCUUUUUGUGUUGUUUUUGUUUUUGUUGGUCUGCAUUUUCUUCAUUCGUAAAGCUUUGUUCAUUUCGCGGAGUUAUAAGAAUCACCAGUUGCGAACAAGAGCUUUGUCUACAUAAUAUGAGGUUUAUGUCAGGGAUGAGACAUACCAGGACCUUUGGCACCCAAAACUUUAAUCAGACUGCUUUCCAUUAGUUGCUUCUCAGUCGCUUGUUAGCAGGCUGCUGUAGACCUGCAAGUGUCUGCAAGCUUACUCCAACAUCUUCGUCGUGCUCAAUCCCAAGUUCCUCC